CUGGGCGCCGCCCCGCGCACGGAGGCGGCCCCUGCGCGGCGGGGCCGGGCAGCCGCGGGCGCGGGCAGCCCUCGGCGGCGCCCCCGGACCGCGGCUCGGCCGCGCAUGGACGCGCGCUCCCGCCUGCACCUAUGCUGUUUGGAGAUGACAACCAAAAGGAAAAUUAUCGGCCGCUUGGUGCCCUGCCGGUGUUUUCGUGGUGAAGAAGAAAUCGUCUCAGUGUUAGAUUACUCUCACUGUGGCCUGCAGCAGGUGCCAAAGGAGGUUUUUAACUUUGAACGGACAUUAGAGGAGCUUUACCUAGAUGCCAAUCAAAUUGAAGAGCUACCUAAGCAACUGUUCAACUGUCAAGCUUUACGCAAACUGAGUAUACCAGACAAUGACCUUUCAAGUCUGCCAACCACUAUUGCUAGUUUAGUUAAUCUCAAAGAACUUGAUAUCAGUAAAAACGGAAUUCAAGACUUCCCAGAAAAUAUUAAAUGUUGUAAGUGUUUAACAAUUAUUGAAGCCAGUGUCAAUCCAGUCUCUAAGCUGCCAGAUGGCUUCACACAACUUCUAAAUUUGACCCAGCUCUAUCUAAAUGAUGCCUUUUUGGAGUUUCUUCCAGCUAACUUUGGAAGACUUGUCAAAUUGCGAAUUUUGGAGUUAAGAGAAAAUCACUUGAAAACUCUACCAAAGUCAAUGCACAAACUGACUCAGCUGGAGAGACUUGAUCUGGGCAAUAAUGAAUUCUCUGAGCUGCCUGAGGUUCUCGAACAAAUACAGAAUCUAAAGGAAUUGUGGAUGGACAAUAAUUCUUUGCAAAUACUACCUGGGUCUAUAGGGAAGUUAAAACAGCUCGUGUACCUGGAUGUGUCAAAAAACAGGAUAGAAACUGUUGAUUUGGACAUAUCAGGAUGUGAAGGACUUGAAGAUCUCCUGUUGUCAUCAAACAUGCUGCAGCAGCUGCCAGACUCGAUAGGACUGUUGAAAAGGCUUACAACUUUAAAAGUAGAUGACAAUCAGCUUACAAUUCUGCCAAAUGCAAUUGGAAAUUUAUCUUUAUUAGAAGAAUUUGACUGCAGCUGUAAUGAGUUGGAGGCCUUACCUUCUACCAUUGGCUACCUUCAUAACCUGAGGACGUUGGCUGUGGAUGAGAAUUUCCUUCCUGAACUGCCCAGAGAAAUUGGAAGCUGUAAAAAUGUAACAGUGAUGUCUCUCCGCUCUAACAAGCUGGAAUUUCUUCCUGAUGAGAUUGGUCAGAUGCAGAAGCUGAGGGUGUUAAAUCUGAGUGAUAACAGACUGAAGAAUUUACCAUUCACUUUUACUAAACUUAAAGAACUUGCAGCUUUGUGGCUUUCUGACAACCAGUCCAAGGCUCUCAUUCCACUGCAAACUGAGGCUCACCCAGAAACAAAGCAGAGAGUACUGACUAACUACAUGUUUCCCCAGCAACCCCGCAGUGAUGAAGACUUCCAGUCAGACAGUGAUAGUUUUAACCCUACUUUAUGGGAGGAGCAGAGACAGCAACGUAUGACUGUUGCCUUUGAAUUUGAAGAAAAAAAGGAAGAGGAGGAAAAUGCAGGGAAAGUUAAGGUUGAAAUAAAUCUAAAACGUUAUCCCACUCCAUACCCGGAGGAUUUAAAGAAUAUGGUAAAAUCAGUUCAAAAUCUGGUGGGCAAAACAAGCCAUGGAGUACGGCCUGAGAACGCAACACCAACUGCGAACAGUGAACAAACUGUGAAAGAAAAGUAUGAGCACAAGUGGCCCAUGGCACCAAAGGAGAUUUCAGUGGAGGUUCAAGAUAGAGAAAAUAAAGAAUUCCAAAAGAGCCACCUGUUUGAUACAGACAACACUCAUAAAUUGACUCUGGAAAUCUCAGAUAGGAAGGAGGAAGAAAAGCAUACAAAAAGCUCAGAGGAUGCCUUUGGACAUCCUGCCAGUGAGAUGAGGAUAGGGGAACUUCGUCCUUCCAUGCCAGAGACUCCGUUGUACCCACCCAAACUUGUUCUUCUGGGUAAAGAGAAGAAAGAAUCGACAGAUGAGUCUGAAGCAGAUAAGAUCCAUUGUCUGAAUAACAGCGUUUCCUCAGGCACUUACUCAGACUAUUCCCCUUCCCAGGCUUCCUCAGGGUCCUCCAACGCGCAUGUUAAAAUGGGGUCCUUGCAGACAACGGCUAAAGAAGCAGUGAAUAACUCUUUGUGGGGGAACAGGCUGGCACAGUCAUUUCCACAGCCCCUUGAAACAAAGCCAUUGCUGAGCCAGCGGGAAUCUGCUCCAGCGGGGAGCCUGCCGCAGCGCACCGACAGGCGCCCGCUGAGCGAAACCUUCGCCGACAGCUGGAAUGACAGCUCACACUACGAUAACACAGGGUUUGUGGCGGAGGAGAGCACGGUGGAGAAUCCUAGUGCUAACCCCCUCCUGAGCACGAAAUCUAGAAGCACAUCUGCACACGGACGCAGGCCGUUGAUUAGACAAGACAGGAUAGUUGGCAUUCCCCUGGAGCUGGAGCAGCCAACGCUCAGAAACACACACGAAUCUGAAGUGCCUCCUCCCAAUCCUUGGCAAAAUUGGACCAGAACCCCCAGUCCUUUUGAAGACAGGACAGCUUUUCCUUCCAAACUGGAAAGCACUCCCACCACCAGCCCUUUGCCUGAGCGGAAAGACCAUGUCAAAGAGUCUCCUGAAAUGACUAGCACUUUCACUCCGGGAAUAGCAUGGGAAUACCACGAUUCAAAUGCUAACAGAAGUCUCACAAAUGUCUUUUCCCAUAUCCACUGUCGCCCAGAUCCUUCCAAAAACAUUAUUUCAAUCAGCAAGAGUACAGAACGGCUUUCUCCAAUGAUGCGGGAUUUAAAAACUAACAAAUUUAAGAAGUCGCAAAGUAUCGAUGAGAUAGACAUUGGUACAUACAAAGUGUAUAAUAUACCCUUAGAAAACUAUGCAUCUGGUAAUGAUACUGUAGGCACCCACGAGAGGGUGGACAAGCUCCUGGGCCCGGAGCACGGCAUGCUGAGCAUGUCCCGCAGCCAGUCGGUCCCCAUGCUGGAUGAUGAGCUGCUGACCUACGGCAGCGUCAAGGUGCAGCCGCAGCAGAAGUCGUCCGUCACAAAGAAGGUCUACCAGUUUGACCAAAGCUUCAACCCGCAGGGAGCAGUGGAGGUCACAGCCGAGAAGAGGCUACUGCCGCCUUUCCAGCUCAACCCCGAGUACAUCCCCCAGCAGAGUAAAAACCUGCCCCAGGAUCUGGUCAGCCCGAGGGCCUACCGCGGCUACCCGCCUGUGGAGCACAUGUUCUCCUUCUCCCAGCCUUCAGUGAACGACGAGGCAGUCAGUGCCCCCUUCGCAAGCCAGGGGUCUCGGCCGGGGUUCUUGAGGAGAGCAGAUUCGUUGGCCAGCUCCACCGAGAUGUCCAUGUUCAGGAGAGUCAGUGAGCCCCACGAGCUGCCCCCGAGCGACAGGUAUGGCAGGCCUCCCUACCGAGGAGCUGUGGAGCGCCAAAGCAGCAUCUCGGUCUCUGAGUCUCAGUUCCUCAAGAGGAACGGCAGGUACGAAGACGAGCAUCCUUCCUACCAAGAAGUGAAAGCCCAGACUGGAAGCUUUCCAGUUAAAAACCUUACACAAAGGCGGCCAUUGUCUGCAAGAAGCUACAGUACAGAGAGUUACGGCACAUCCCAAACCAGGCCGGUUUCAGCGAGGCCAACAAUGGCAGCUCUGCUGGAAAAGAUACCGUCAGACUAUAACUUGGGUAACUAUGGCGACAAGCCUUCCGAUAACAGUGAUAUAAAGACAAGGCCUACCCCUGUGAAGGGAAAUGAGAGCUGUGCUAAAAUGCCCGCUGACUGGAGACAACAGCUACUUAGACAUAUAGAAGCUAGAAGGUUAGACAGGACCGCUGCUUACAAACACAACACAGUUAGCCUUGGCAUGCUGCACUCUGGAGGUUUUUCAGCAAUGCAUGCCGGCAGAAGCAUGACUUUAAACUUGCAGACUAAAUCUAAAUUUGAAAACCAAAUGCUUCAAGAGCUACCUCUACCGAAAACCCCAUCGCAGCAGAGCAGCAUCCUGGACAACGGGCAGGAGGAGGUGUCUGUGAGCAGCCAGUGGAACCCCUACCCGCUGGGGCGGCGGGACGUGCCCCCGGACACCGUCACAAAGAAGGCAGGUAGCCAUAUCCAGACUUUAAUGGGAUCGCAAAGCCUACAGCAUCGGAGCCGUGAGCAGCAGUAUGAAGGAAACAUGAACAAAGUCACCAUCCAGCAGUUCCAGCCGCCGCUGCCUAUUCAGAUUCCCUCUUCGCAGAGCUCUCGAGCACCUCAGACGGGGCGAUGUUUAAUCCAAACCAAGGGUCAGAGAAGUACGGAUGCAUAUCAGGAGCAGUUUUGUGUGAGGAUAGAGAAGAAUCCUGGCCUUGGUUUUAGUAUCAGUGGUGGAAUAAGUGGACAAGGAAAUCCAUUCAAACCUUCUGAUAAGGGUAUCUUUGUUACUAGGGUUCAGCCUGACGGACCAGCAUCCAGCCUGCUCCAGCCUGGCGAUAAGAUCCUCCAGGCGAACGGACACAGUUUUGUACAUAUGGAACACGAGAAAGCUGUGCUACUACUGAAGAGUUUCCAGAAUACAGUAGACCUAGUUAUUCAACGUGAGCUUACUGUCUAAAUAUUUUUUUAUAAAUAGUAAAUAUGUCUAGCCAGAUCUAAUGUUCAAACAGAUUUAUACAUAGGAAACAAAUUUUUUUGCCAAUUGCUGGACCAAUGGCAAACAGUAGUGCCAAAUGUAUAAUACUCUAUGUUAGUACCAAUCAUCUUGGAAAAAAUAUAUUAACUAUAUAAAAUAUUGUUCAUGUGGCUAUGUAUUAGUUUUAAUUGUCAGCCUCUGGCUGUGCAUUGGUGCGUUUUUUUAACCAAGUUACUUCUUAAAAGUCAAUUUCAUAUGAUUUCAAAACACAGAAGCACAUACAAAUUCUUUAGGAAUUCUACUGUCCAUCAGAAACACUGCCUCAAAGUUGUAUAUGCCUUUAUAAAGAUAAAAUAUAUUAACCUGUACUUCCCAUGAAAUAUUUCUAUCAUGUCACAUACAAAAAUAUAGAGAAAAAAUAUUUUCAUAAACACCUCAAAGAAAGUAUAUAUUAAAUUAAAUUUAAUAGUGUUCAUUUAUUUUCAAUGCAAAGAUAUUAUAUGCCUUAUGAAAAUACCUGUACAUAUGCAGUGUGUAUAGCUGGCUCCAUAUUAAUUAGUAAAAAAAUGUCACUAUACAGGGUGAGAUACUUAAUAAAUUAUACUGUCAACUCUGGGACCUAGAUAUGAAUAACUACACGGAAAUUGGUUAACUUCCUUUCGUUUGACACUUGUAGUUGGUUCCGUGUGAACACACUAAACGACGCGCAGGGAGUUCAGACAGGUAUGCUUCACAAACGGAAGAAGGUUGUGACGGGUGGCAGUAGAACCCCUUUUGUUGCUGCUAAUCUUAUUACCUAACUUUUUAAUUUAAAAUUGCAGGCCCUUUCCUUACCUCGCCCAUUGCCCCAGUCUUACAUUGGUCUGUAUUUUCACUGCUGCCCAGCCUCGCUGGCCCCUGCUCGCUGCACCCACCAUCAGCGAGGCUUUAACCUCGAUGUGAUCCUUUCCUUCAGUCACGGUCUCGUUAAUGGGAGCAGAUCCAGCCCGGCUGUGCCACGCUGCAGGGGAGCAGGAGUGGCACCGAGCCACCCUGCGGAAGUGUGCGGCUUGGAGCCCCUUCAGGUGGGAGCCCGGGCGCUGUCCCCACGGGGAGCGCUGACAGCACAGGACUGCAAAGCUGCCGGGUUCAGCUCUGCAGACCAGGUGUCCGUAACUGACAGCAGGAGGGAAAAAUGUAAGAAAACUUCCCACCAGAUUUUUUCCAGGGGACCCAGUUUCCAUUGACCUGCUGCCACUGAUGGCAAGGGACAGCAGGGAGAGCCAGCACCUGCUCCAGGAGGGACAGGCUCGCCUGCACCUUUUCCAGCUGGAUUAGAAACACCCCGAAAACCCCAGGUCAGAGGAGUGUAGCUGUAGCACGAGGGCACAGCCACAAACAUUUUCCUUUUCUGCGUGUAAGAGCCUGUAGAAAUUCCUAGACCUUCCUCCUUUUCCCAGCAAGUGCACACUGACUGAGGUAAUUAUAUUUCAAAUUCAACUCAAUUUCAGAAGCCAAUACAGCCACUCUGUCCCACGUCUGCUCUGCUCUGUGGGCCUAGUGCUGCUCCCAGAGGUGCAGGCACGUUCUGUGGGGGUUUGCUGCCGGCCUGUGCACAGCAAGCGGGAGGACUGAGCUGUGGAAGGCGCUGCCAGCAUCCCUGGCACCACCGAAAGGCACUGGCACUGCCCGUUCCCACACAGGCAGCUUGGGGUGCGAGGGCCUUUGCCGGGCUGCAGCAAAACAAAGUCAGGGAAGAGAAACCUGCUGAGGGUACCAGCUGCCCAGCACUCGCUCUGGGUUCGGGUGGCUGAAGAGCACCUGUGCACACAGGAGAGAGAAAAGAACCCAUACCUAACAAUUAAAUUACAAAUUAGUCAAAUAGGUAUAGUAGGAACCACCCCCUAAUAUUAUUAUGAAGCCCCAACUUUAUAAUUUCUCUGGUUGGUUUGUGGGGUUUUUUCCUUUCUUUCUUUCUGGACUCUGUGGCCAGUGGUGAGAAGCAGAGCCCGGCCAGGCCGUGGCACUGAACCGGCGGGCUGCGUCACUGCAGAGCUGCAGCCCCGCUCUCCGCUCCGCUCGGGGAUUUCUUUCAUGGUCACUUGGAAAGUGACACUUCCACACUGGCGCAUAAGCUCCCUGUGCUGCGGCUGGCUGCAUCUCCCUUUUUCUCCUCAGUCAAAAGGAACAAUUAAGUGUAUUAGUAUAAACUUUAACAAAACAUAAAUUCCAAGCUGACUGAGCAGGUUCCCACAUCCCAUGAAUUUCACCUUAUCCAAGCGAGUGUUCCGGCUGGAAGAGCUUCUGUACCACCAGAGAGGCAACACACCACCAGAUGCCACAGUGAGCCACAGCUGAUCCAAAAAUUUACAGUUUGAGUAAAUGGUUUUAUGAUAUUCAGAACAUAGAUUUAAUAGACAAUUAAUACUUUUCAACAAAUUUUUAAAUCUUCCUGAUACCACAAGCUAAAAAAACUUGCUGAAUUCACGAGAUUUGGUUUCGUUGUUUGCCUAGUCUUUUCUGCUUUCAGUUUUCUAGCACAUGGAUGUAGUUUCAUCAUGUGCUGUCAAACCGCAGAGCCCUCCUCAACCUUUUCUAACAUUCAUGGCUUUUCAGAGGCCAAACCUUCCAUUCUGAAGUCAUCACUGCCCUUUGAACGCAGAAAUAAGGAUUUCUUCAAUAUCAAGUUCAGGAAAUUGUGGACACCUACAUAGCUUUUACUUUCUUUAUGUUGAAUGGGAAUUCGGUCCCUUAGUAGACAUUUAUGCAUUAAAUUAUUCUGUGGAGCUGCCUUUUGUCUUUUCAUGCGGAAAAUCACUCUUCUGAGGGUGACCGUGCAGGAUGAAGCGGCACAUCUGCUGUUACGCACGCUGUAGGCACUGCACCACGGCACAGCUCCCCAGCCCAGAGACCCUUCCCUGGAUGCCACUUCCAGCAGGGAAACGCAGUAAGUGACUGUGGCAGCUUCCAAUGAUGCUGCACCACUGUCCGAUGACACCAUACAGCACACGACGCACCCAGCUGCCCCCCGCAAGCACAAUGCCAGGGCGGGCUCCCGAGACACGCAGCAGCAUUACAUGUACGCGUUCCAUACGUAGCACCAGAACUGUGGCUGGGAGCUGCAGAUACAAGAAGGAUGAGGAGGCUCUGCCAGGUAACAACUGACAGGUAAAAAUGGGGUAACUGGAAAAAGCAAGUGAGCUUUGGCGCUUGUGAAUACCAUACUCUGAGCUCAGGUGGUUUUCUGCAGGCUGAGUUGUUAGAGCUGAAGCACAGUGGCAUCACCGGUGGGGCUGUGUGCAGGACUAUGAUUCAACAUUGCAGAGUGCUUUCGUUUAUGAAUUAUAAUCAAAAGGAAAUUACAAUAAAAUCAAGUUAGUGCAGUGGACUGUCACAUAUAAGUCCCUAACUCUGCCAAAACUCCCAGUGACACUCUAAAAGGGGCUGGGGGAGAGUCUGGACUCCCAGCUGAAACGUACAGCAGCAACACUUUAACACCAACCCACUCCGCCCCAAAAAUACCAAAUACUUAUUUUUUGCAUUAUUUUUAUUCAAAUUGGCUGAAAUUAUGUUUAGCUAUCACUAGUAAUAUUAUGAGCAAUUAAAAUUACUUAAAUGGGACUACUUAGGAUUUCUACAUUAGGCUUUCAGAAAAACUUGCACAUUUGUCUUUCCUGCCAGGUCUCCUGUAACCUCACAGACACAACCACGUGCAGCUGGGCACGGGUAGGGUAUGACGUUAUGCACAUGCUUCGCAUGUAGUUAGGGUAUUUUAUUUUUUUUUUCUACUAAAUGCAAUUAUAUGGCAAGUGCUGAGGUCAGGUGGCAGCUCACCCUGAGGUGAGCUCCACGGGUGGGUUCACUUUCUUGUGCGUGAAUGCGUUUUGAUCCAGGCAAGCAGAGUCUCAAAACGCAGGUGGUUCCCCUUCUCUAGGCCGCGCAGCGCUCCCAGCCCACGGAGCGCUCUCCCGCACCAACGCAAGCACUCAAACGCAGGAUCUUUGUAAAGCUACUGGUGGUAAUUUUCCUACUGACUGAAAGGGGCUGUGCCUAGAACCACCCUGGGGAAGUCCAGCGUGCAGCCAGCAGCUCUCCCCCGCCAGCGCGCGUUCCCAUGGCAAUACGUCUGUUAGCUGGGAACACACCGUUUGGCUUUUUUAGGCUUUUUUUUUUUUCCCAUGCAAUAAACACUUAACUAACACUCCUCAGGGAAGGGCUAGAUUAGAAAAGGAAGCCUGCACAGUAAUUCCCUCAUCCUCAUUUUGCAACAAGUUUUAAGGGUCUCAGUGGUCAGUGCCACUGUUCCCAUUCUUGCGCUACCCGCUGUACCCCCCUGCGGGGCCUCCUCCACCCAGCGUGCUGUGCCAAAACCCAGUGGCCAGAUGGGCAGGAGCUCAUUUGCUUUUCUGCAGUCUUGUUACAAGGCAGCUCUUGUGGGGAUAAAAGAAAGGAGCAGGGGGAGAAAAAAUGCUGUUUCCAAAAUGCUUAGUUGUUUUUUUUCCAAAAUAAGGAAAGAGCAGCCCCCCAGGACACCUGCAGGGCUCACCGGUCUUCAUAAUUUACACCUUUUCCCAUUCACAGCUCGCAGUGUUUAUCUGGGUGUUGCUAAACUCUGACAUUUAGCAGUCAGUUGUGCAGAUCUGUGACCAUGAACAUCAUCAAAUCUGCUCUGGUGUUUUCCAAGAUAUUUUUAACAUGUCCAUGUCUAUGCUUCGUGGCCCUACGCUAGCUCCCGAGGGGAGGCCAGGGUGUGCCAGCCAGGGGCGCAGGACAAAGCUGAGCACGUAAGCGACAGCUGAGGGUAAGGUCCCAGCGCUGGGAGCGGCGCAGGCAGCCCUUCAGGGGGUCGCUGGGGACACCCCGCCUGCCCCACCGCUGAGGCGUUUGUAGGGCAGCCUUCUUCCCCACAGAGUGAGAAGCCUUUGGCCACGCUGCUCUAACAGCUCUAUUUCCAGCUCAUACAGGAACAUCUGGAAAGUGAAACCCCUCAUGUUACAGACCAGCACGAAUCUUCAUGAGCCCAAAGUCCAACUCAGAAUUGCAGUAUAAAACAUCGAGGAGGUUGGUGUGCUGUUGCUAGUAAGCACUUUGAAGGUGAAGGCGUUCCUUGGUUAAACCUCUCUGGCUUGUAAUAUAGCAUUUAGUUACCUUAUGCAAUCACAAAAAUGCGUACUUAUGGAUAUGUGUGUAUAUAUAUGUAUGUAUCUGAUAGAGAUAUAUGCAACAGUGAAUGCAAAGGGAGUAUUAAAUGACAAACCCUACCUUUCAGCCGGCUCACGUGCAGGCUCUGGUCUCAAGACACGACGCAAGGUCAGCAGCAGGAGCGCUGGGCCUCAGGGGAAGUAACCGCCUAGAGGAAAAGGGCCAGAGCCCGGGUGCGGCGCUGCCCAGCCUCCUCCAUGGAAGGAAGCUGACAAGCAGCGGGGCUGUGUCCCACCACCGUGCCACCCCUCUCCCACACUGCCAGGCAGGCCCUGUAAAACAGAAACGGGGUUAGACACAAGUAUCCAAUUGCCACAGUCCGUGAGCAGGCGCUGGCACGCCGCGGUCGAGGGCUGCGGAGUUGCCACUUACCUUAGCAGCAGCUGUAACUGGUGGGAUUUUACGUUUCAGGAUUCCCAAAUGAGAAUAACAUUUUAUCUGAAGUUUGAGCUCCCUGCCCACGGGCUGGUAGUGUGCACCACGUCCCUGUCCCGCCUCAGCGCUCUUCCCUUCUGCCUUCAAAAAUUCAAUUUUAAGCAAAUGCAGAAAGAUGUAUGACUUCAUUUUUAGGCAAUUGGAUUUAAGGAUUAAAUUUCACUUGUCAGUCUUGCCAGUGUGAGCGGAAUACAAUGUAACGAUACAACUUUCAGGCCAGUAGUUUGGAUAGGAUACGAAUUAAUUGGUGGUUUGGUUUUGUUUUGAACACCUUUGGUGAUGGCGGGCGUCAAGCCACGUGUGCGGCACAGCAGUGGCAUGCAGAGGCCAGGCGAGGACGCCCGCGCUCUGCCCCGCCGAGGGCGUGCAGGGCGGCUGGUGGCAACUUCCAUGGAAAAGCAAAUUUCAAAAAGACACUAUUUGCCAAUCAUAGAAUUUAAAUGGUUUCUCUUAAACAAAAAAAACCAAAACAAACACCACACCCAAACCAAAAAACCCAAUUGCUUUUUGCCAGUCCUCUUCCUGGACAAUUCCAGCGAAUAUUCUGGAAGUGAAAGAUGUCAUUGCAUUGCGUAAGAAUUUCCCCAGCCCUUGUAAGGUGUUUUCCGCAGCACCACAGCCCGGGCACAGCCCUGCAGCACACGAGGCUUCAUCUCUGUCAGUCGGGGCCUUCUCUGUCUCUGUGCUGGCACGUCUGGCUUUGCCCCCAACCCCUGGGCAGAACAAACGCUCUCAUCAGUUCGGUUUUCUACUUGUGAGUACUGUAUCCAGUUCAGAACCAACAGCUUACUUUAAUAAAAAUUUUACCAUUUUAUAAAAGACAUGUUUAAUUAUGAUGGAGAUGGCUGUAUUGUAAUUAAUAUUUUGAGAUAAUUGUGAUUUUGAGCUUAAAUUAUAUACAGAAAAUGGUCAUUUUUGUAUGUGUUAAAAGAUUGCUAUAUUACAAAUGACUAACUGUACUUUUCAGUUUAAUUACAGUAUUAAUGUAAAUAAAGCUGAAUGAAGAAAUAUUUACUACUUUAUUAACAUAGAUUGUGAAUGUACUUAAUGUUUUUUGCAGUAUAAAGACUUACUGAACUUGAAAGCUGCUUCAUUUUAUGUGCAGAAAGGUACUUCAAAAUUAUAUUUUAAAUCUAUUGAUUCAGUGCAAUCAAUUAUAUUGUUAGUUCAUUUGCACAUGCAGGUUGUAUCCUUCCAGUUUUAUUUCAUGUAUGACACUUACCCGUAAGGUGCAUAUUGUGUUUAGAAUGCAUUUUGCAGAUGCUUCUGUACAUAAAACAAAUACAGGGACUAAAACAAUGCUGUGCAGUGUAUAGCAGAGCCAUUUUUCGGCUUUGGUGUACCCAACUUUUUCAGUAUUUAAAAAAGUGUUUUGAAUAACAUUAAAAAGUCUCUUUAUGGUAUAAAUAAUAAAACCGUCACCUUAUUGUAAUUCAUUUUUGUCAUCUUUUACUCAGAGGGAAGGACCGAUUCCCAUUACCAGAUAGGUCAGAGACCUCAAAAUCAAGCUGCCUCCCUUGUGCAGCUGUAGCUACUGGUGAGCCAUGACAUACGGAAAUAGAGUGGCUGCAAGCUUGUGAAGCCGCUCAGCAGCUGCUGCUCGGGUACCAAUCCGUAUGACAGAUGGGAAAACACGAGAGGGUCUGGGGGAUGACAGCAGCAGUUCCACCACCUGAGUAACUACACAACAGCUCUUACCUGUUUGAAGCCCAAACAAGGCACACAGACACGAUCACGUAAGUUUACCAGGAGCCGCCUUCCCCUUCCCUCUCCGCUGCCACCCCAGUCCCUCUCAUCUAGAGCAGGUUAGCGCCAGGCGGCGGCUCCAGCCACGCUCCGGUCCUUCUCUGGGGGUGACAGGGUACAGCGGCGUGCAAGGCGCCUCAGCCAGCCUUGCUCUUCUUGGAUGGUGCUCGCUAAAUCUCAAGACCCGGAGAAUGAGUUAAGUGAACGUCUCCAGAACCGACAUAAAAUACAAAACCUGGAAAGGUUGAACCGGAUUAAAUUUUGCUGCAUUACUGAAAGGACAAGUGGAGAAAGGAAAACACUUCCAUUACACUCUUUUUUUUGCCUCCUUAUAAGCACAUACCCCAGGAAGGAUACCCACGCGACGGCAGCCUUCGCACAGAGGCUGCAUGGCAGAGUGCGGCAGACCCCUGUCCCUAAAGCUCCAUGAGGGUACCUGUCACUUGAAAGCUUUUCCUGUGUUGCAAAGCAGUAAGCAGUUACAGUCAGGAGCAGCAGUUGUACAGAGGGACAGCAGCAAAAAAAGUGGGAGAAAACAGACAACCCUGCUCAAAUACCAGAAGCAAGGCAGCCACCUUGGCCCGGCAUCAUGCCUGGCCACAUGUGCUGUGCUGCCCACAGCAGCCACGCGGUACAGGCAGCCGCACAGCUCCAGUGACAGGCGGCUGGUCCUUCUCUGUGUGCUUAUGGCAGCACUCAGUGUAGUUUUUAAAAAACCAAACGCCACCAACAGGAAUCCAUCCGGUACCCAUUUCAAACCCAUUUCUAAUGCCUGGAGCAGCCUGACAGAGACACAAUGGCUCGGCAGUCACAAAGCCACCAGCCCUUCCUU